GAAUGAAACCCUUCAUAAACUUGUUGAUGAUCAAGCGGCAGGAAACGGAUGAAGUUGGUCCGGAGGAAGAAUUUGUGUCUUGGUGAUUGCAAGAACUAAGAGAGGCAUUGGCUAAUAAGCGUGCAACAUUGCCGCGUGAAAGGAAAAAAGGCUUUGAAAAUUCUUCGUUAACAUGCACGACCUAACCUAGAAGAAGGUAGAGCGGAGCAGCGGAUAGCCAGCAUCUGUUCAAUUUCUAACCCGACCUUCUUGAGAUAAAAGGCCUGUCGUUUUUUAUCAACGGACGCUUCAAGGUCAUUUUGUGGUACGGUUUCGAAAACUAAAAAGUCAAACUUAUCGUUGGAAACUCUCUCUGCAAUGAGUCAGGCGAACGGAUCGGCGAAUGAAGUAUCUGGGCAAGGAGAUCUACAAAGUUUGAAGCGUCCAGGGACCAGGGUUUUCAAGAAAAGCACACCAAAUGGGAAAUUAACUGUCUAUAUUGGGAAACGUGAUUUUUAUGAUCAUAUCGAUUACAUCGAACCUAUUGAUGGUGUUGUUUUGGUUGACCCUGAGCAUGUAAGGGCGAAAAAUGUUUUUGUCCAUGUGUUGGCGGCAUUCAGGUACGGCAGAGAAGAUUUGGAUGUGCUUGGCUUGACUUUCCGGAAAGAUUUGUUCCUUGCACGGCAACAGGUUUACCCGCCAAGACCCGAGGAUGAUGCUCCAAUGACACGGCUUCAAGAGAGACUUCUGAAGAAGCUCGGCAAAAAUGCUUAUCCAUUCAAGUUUCAGCUGACCAAAGGUGCUCCAUCAUCAGUCACUUUACAGCCAGCGCCUGGAGAUACCGGGAAGCCUUGCGGCGUAGACUACGAGUUGAAAGUAUACAUGUCCGAUACAUCAGAUGAAAAAGAAUAUAAAAGAAAUUCUGUGCGACUGGCAAUAAGGAAAAUAACUUAUGCUCCUCCUGUUCCUGCCCCACAGCCCAUGAUUGAGACAUCCAAAGAGUUUAUGAUGUGUCCACAUCCUCUGUUUUUAGAAGCAAGUUUAGAUAAAGGGAUGUACUACCAUGGCGAAGCAAUCAACGUGAACGUACAUAUAUCAAACAGGUCAAGAAAGACGCUGAAAGGGAUCAAACUGACUGUGAGGCAGUAUGCGGAUAUCUGUUUAUUUUCAACUGCACAGUACAAAUGCCCAGUUGCGACAAUAGAAUCAGAGGAUGGAUUUCCGGUCGGCUCAAGUGGAACCCUGUCAAAGGUCUAUAGUGUAAGACCACUUCUAGCUAACAACAGGGACAAGAGGGGCCUAGCAUUAGAUGGACAGCUAAAACACGAAGAUACAAAUCUUGCAUCAUCAACAAUAACUGAUCCGUCUGUGUCAAGAGAAAAUCUGGGGAUUAUUGUUCAUUACAAAGUUAAAGUCCGCUUAAUUGUGCAAUUUGGCGGGGACCUUACAGUUGAAUUGCCUUUUAUGCUGACACAUCCAAAGCCACCUGAAGAUGUCUCGCCAUCACCGUCUCCAGUACCUCAGAGAAGACCGUCAGAGAUUGGAGGAGACGAGAACGAGCCCCCAGUCGAUAGUGACUUGAUAACGUUCGACACAAGUGGCCCAGAAAGAAGAGCGGAGGACGAUGACUUGAUAUUUGAAGAGUUUGCACGCAUGCGCGUGAGAGGAGAGCAUGUGCGAGAGGAAAACGCGUAGAAAUUGGGAAAAUCUUUGGCAGAAACUGUAACAUAGAAGCAAACAUCAAUUUCCUGGUUAAUUUUCAGCGUCAAAAGAAUUUGCCUUUGCUGCUCUUGGCGCCAAACAUUGCUGUUUUUUAUUUUAAGAAGCAGAGAAAUAUAAUUUAAAAUUUCGACCGAAGUAAUAAGUUGCAGUCGGUAACCUUGAUAAUUAUUGUUGGUAUGAAUUUCGAUGGUUAAUCAGUAUCCUAAUUUUUCUCCGUAUUCAGUGACAGACGGCAGCUGUCGGCGUCAGCUUUGAGCCAAUCAAAAGGACAAAACGCCAAUAUUCCCAUCAAUUGCGUCACAUGUGACCUCUGUCGAAAUUUGUUCGACUGGUCAUUUUGAAGUAUUCAUUCUGUUCUAUGCAAAACAGAAAUUCUUAGCAUAAGACCUAUAUCGAAUAUUUGAGCGAAAAAUCUUAGAUAUUGAAUUUAACGAUUUGAAUUUCAGUCGAAGUAAUUUUUCUUAAUUGCGCUGUAUGCUGUAUCGAGUUUGUAAUGUUGAUAAGCUUUACAGCUCAUUUUUAUAACCGUAAUUAAUUUAACACGUUUAUGACUCUCAACAGCUGUAUCAUUUUUUGGUGCCAUUGCUGAUACCCAGACAUUCCUUUAAUGCUUUGCGAUUACUAUCUUUUUCUUUCACAUUUAGGUAACAGGAUUACGAUUUUCUCGGUUAAUUUAGCGUUGGCGAUAAUAUCUUUGAAAACGAGGUUAUGAUAACUCGGCCUACACUCACUUGACCAGGUGAUAAAGACUUACCCCAUGGAAGUAGAUAUAUUUUCGGGGUACAUAUCGUCAUAAAGUUAUCUUAAUAGACUAACCUUAAAGUCGAUCUUAAUGUUUGGAAUUUUGUUGGUAAUAAGUUGCACUUCUUCGAUUAUAUAUUGUACUUAGGCGUAGGAACAUGUUAAAAAUGGGAGGGAGCACAGCGAAAAGGGCACCAUUUUGUAUCAUUAGGAACAUGCAAAAAAAGGCACUUUUCAGAUGAAAAUGGCACUUUUCACCAAAAUAGUUCAGCCCUCAGCCCUCAGGUUCCUACGCCAAUGAUUUAGAACAGACUUACUCUUGUUGAUUUACCAAGAGUAUGUGGUUUGUUUUAAUUUACACCGAUGAAGCGGGUUAUGGAGCUGGAAUGAAUGCGCUAGUAAUGGACAGAAUUUUAUGUUAAUAGUUUUAUGUGAUCGCCAGCGAAAUUUUUUAAUGGGCUGCAUUUCAGUUAUGAAAUCUCAGCCCAAAGGUUAAAUCUAGUCUCGUAAUUUAUCUACUGCUAAACGAUCCUGAUCAGUUUACAGUCAUUCCUGAAUUCGAUGUUAUUUAUAGAGGAACCUUUUUGGAGAGAUUUAAUGGAAAAAGACGAUUUCAGACGAUUCACUUGUAGGUCCCUCGUGUAGUCAUGUCAGAAAGCACAUGAAAUCUCUUGUCGUUAGAUAAUCUGCUCUUAUCUGAUGCUAGGAAUACUAUUUAGCAAAAGUUUGGAUAAAAAGUUCGGGGGGCGAGUUCGAGUGAAUCAUUUAUAAGACUGUUUUUGCCCAGUGCUUGUAAUAUUUUAAGAGCAUAUAUAAAGGCGAUAUAAACCCAGAUUACUUAUGGCUGUACCAUAAUAAUGCAUUUUAUUCGCUUGCAUUGUACAUUAUCUAAAGUCUUUAUCGAAACAUAUAUAUAAAUAUAUAUUACCAUUUUGCUUUGA